GCGAGAGGAUGGAAUCGCCUGCGCUUCUGUUCCACAGUUUCUUGGAAACAGCAAUCACAUCAGUCUGUAGAAGAAGAACCACAAACUAGCAAUAAGCUAGGAUUUGUGACACAUAAUUUACGUUGCAGCUUAGUGUUCGCUCAUGGCAGCUUUUCUACGUAAAUCAAGCCGUUUACUGGCUGAUUUAACAUGUAAAUCAUCAUCCAAGGUUCUCGCUACUGGAUGUCAAAAACGCCUACUGAAUGUGCAAGAACAUGUUUCAUACAGCUUCCUUAACGAAGCCGGCAUCCCAACGCCAAGGUUUGGUUUAGCAACAUCUGGGGCUGAGGCUGAAAAGAUAGCUUCAGAUCUUAAAACGAAGAAUCUGGUUUUAAAGGCGCAAGUACUUGCUGGCGGUCGUGGAAAAGGUCACUUUAAAAAUGGUCUGAAAGGAGGUGUCCGUGUGGUGUUCUCACCACAAGAGGCGAAGGAGAUAUCUAGUAAAAUGAUAAAUGAACUGUUGGUGACAAAACAAACAGGUGCUGCUGGUCGCAUCUGCAACUCGGUGAUGGUUGCAGAGCGCAAGUUUCCACGUAGAGAGUUUUACUUUGCCGUCAUGAUGGAGCGUGCCUUCAAUGGGCCUGUGUUGAUUGCUUCUUCACAAGGUGGCGUCAACAUUGAGGAAGUUGCUGCAGAAAACCCGGACGCUAUUGUUUAUGAACCCAUAGAUAUCCAUAAAGGAUUGCAGAAAGAACAGGCGGUUCAGAUUGCAAAGAAAGUAGGUCUGCAGGAUAAACUAGACGAGACCGCUAAGAUGUUGCUUAAUAUGUAUGCCCUGUUUGUAAAGAAGGAUGCUCUACUCAUUGAGAUAAAUCCAUAUGCUGAAGAUGCCGCUGAAACAUACUUUGCUCUUGAUGCCAAGAUGAGGUUUGACGACAACGCCGAGUUCCGACAGAAGGAUUUAUUUUCCUUACGCGAUUUAUCUCAAGAGGACAAAAAAGAAGUCGAGGCAUCGAAGUUUGACUUGAACUACAUUGCACUAGAUGGUUCAAUUGGAUGUCUUGUGAAUGGAGCUGGUCUGGCAAUGGCUACGAUGGACAUUAUUAAGCUGCAUGGAGGGGAUCCAGCGAAUUUCCUUGAUGUAGGCGGUGGUGCAAGCGUGAAAGCAGUGAAAGAAGCUUUUAAGAUUAUUACAUCCGAUCCGAAAGUACAUGCAAUUUUAGUUAACAUUUUCGGUGGCAUCAUGCGCUGUGAUGUAAUCGCUGAGGGCAUUAUUCAGGCCACAAAAGAGUUGAACAUCAAAAUGCCGAUUAUCGUCCGUCUCCAGGGAACAAAUGUCAACGAGGCCAAGGAAUUGAUAAAGAAGUCUAAGCUUCGCAUCCUACCCAAAGACGAUCUUGACGAAGCCGCUAUGCUAUCGGUACAUCUGGCACAAAUCGUACACCUGGCUCGUGAAGCACACCUUGAUGUUAGUUUCGAACUUCCGGAUACUUAUGUUGUAUAAUAACGCAAUGGACAUCAUGAGAGUUACGCUAUUGCAAAUAUUAUAUAUUAAUAUGUUCAUCGCCAUUCUUCGUUCUGCGUGUUUCUCUAUGUGAAAAAUUUCUUUCAGAUUUGUCAUCCGUAUUAUAUAAUCGUGUUGUUGUGUAAAAUUGCACAUACCGUUUUUCAACAGUAAUAAAAUUGGAAUUAAGAUGCA